CCAACCAAUCAGCGUUAGCCACGACGAGAUGUUCCCGUUAAUAUCCCAGCGCUGAAUUCAGUCUCCAGUCAGUUACUUCUGAAACGUUUAUGAGGAUCAUUGUGCCGAGCUUCAGUGUUCACGAACGUGAUAUUACAAUAUUUCAAUUGUUCUGGUGAUAUAAGAAGAAAGAUUCAAAAUGAAGGGAGCUGUUGCCCUUAUGGUACUAGGUCUGGUUGCAGCCUUAGCAACUGCCAAAGAGGAGAAGAAGGAGAAAGAGGACAUUGGCACUGUCAUUGGAAUUGAUUUGGGUACCACAUACUCUUGCGUGGGAGUUUACAAGAAUGGACGUGUGGAGAUAAUUGCCAAUGACCAAGGAAACAGAAUCACACCAUCCUAUGUGGCAUUUACAGCAGAUGGUGAACGUUUGAUUGGUGAUGCUGCUAAGAAUCAGCUGACGACAAAUCCUGAGAACACAGUCUUUGAUGCCAAACGUCUGAUUGGUCGUGACUGGAAUGACCCUACAGUACAACAUGACGUGAAGUUCUUCCCAUUCAAAGUCAUUGAGAAGAACAGUAAACCCCACAUCAAAGUAACCACCAGUCAAGGUGAAAAGAUAUUUGCACCUGAAGAAAUUUCUGCUAUGGUUCUUGGCAAGAUGAAAGAAACUGCAGAGGCGUAUUUGGGCAAGAAAGUUACCCAUGCUGUUGUUACUGUACCUGCCUACUUCAACGAUGCCCAGAGACAGGCCACCAAAGAUGCUGGUACCAUUUCUGGAUUGAAUGUCAUGAGGAUCAUUAAUGAACCUACUGCUGCUGCUAUUGCUUAUGGUUUGGACAAGAAGGAUGGAGAGAAAAAUAUUCUGGUCUUUGAUCUGGGUGGUGGUACUUUUGAUGUCAGCUUGCUCACCAUUGACAAUGGAGUCUUUGAAGUCGUUGCUACCAACGGUGAUACUCAUUUGGGUGGUGAGGACUUCGAUCAACGUGUAAUGGACCACUUUAUCAAACUAUACAAAAAGAAGAAGGGUAAAGACAUCCGCAAGGACAACAGAGCUGUCCAAAAACUCCGCCGUGAAGUCGAGAAGGCCAAGAGAGCACUCAGUGCUAGCCACCAGGUCAGGAUCGAAAUUGAGUCCUUCUUUGAGGGUGAAGACUUCUCCGAGACCCUGACUCGUGCCAAGUUCGAGGAGUUGAACAUGGACCUGUUCCGUAGUACCAUGAAGCCUGUGCAGAAGGUCCUUGAGGAUGCUGAUAUGAGCAAGAAGGAUGUUGACGAAAUCGUACUUGUUGGUGGUUCUACCAGGAUUCCCAAAGUCCAGCAAUUGGUUAAGGAAUUCUUUGGUGGAAAGGAACCAUCUCGAGGUAUUAACCCUGAUGAAGCUGUGGCUUAUGGAGCUGCUGUUCAAGCUGGAGUACUUUCUGGAGAACAAGAUACCGAUGCCAUUGUACUGUUGGACGUCAAUCCUCUUACCAUGGGUAUCGAAACUGUUGGUGGUGUAAUGACCAAACUUAUUCCAAGAAACACCGUCAUUCCCACGAAGAAAUCACAAAUUUUCUCAACUGCCUCUGACAAUCAACACACCGUGACCAUCCAGGUCUACGAGGGUGAACGUCCCAUGACCAAAGACAACCAUCUCCUAGGAAAAUUCGAUUUGACUGGCAUUCCUCCAGCACCUCGUGGUAUCCCACAAAUUGAAGUCACCUUUGAAAUCGAUGCCAACGGUAUCCUCCAAGUAUCUGCCGAGGACAAAGGUACCGGAAACCGAGAGAAAAUCGUCAUUACCAACGACCAAAACAGACUUACACCUGAUGACAUUGAAAGAAUGAUCAAGGAUGCCGAGAAAUUCGCCGAUGACGAUAAGAAGCUCAAGGAACGUGUGGAAGCUCGUAACGAGCUCGAAUCGUACGCCUAUUCUCUAAAGAACCAACUGGCCGACAAGGAGAAACUCGGGUCCAAGGUCAGUGACUCCGAUAAAGCUAAGAUGGAGGAAGCCAUCGAUGAGAAGAUCAAGUGGCUAGAAGACAACCAGGACACUGAUCCCGAAGAGUACAAGAAGCAGAAGAAAGAAUUGUCUGAUAUCGUUCAGCCAAUCAUUUCGAAGCUUUAUCAAGGUGCCGGCGGUGGUGUACCGCCCACGGGAGGUGACGAUGACGAUCUUAAGGACGAACUUUAAUUGCGCGGACGCAAAACGCAUAUGUUCGCACAUACUUUAGACUGAAUAUUGCUUCCCUUAGGCAAAUACUAUCGGGAUUAAUAUACGCGCGAAGAAGAAGAUAAAGUUGGGACUAUCGCCGGGAUGGUGCCGUGUGAAACACGAAAAAGACUGAUCAACAACGGCAUAAGAUACGUUGUAGGUUAGGUUCGUGACGAACACAACGGGGACCGCCACCGGCUCUAAGGUUAUUAUUACGUUAACGCCCGCGACCGAAGCUUCGCGAACGGCUAUCGUCGUUGAGUAUUAUUAUUCUUCAUUGUAUUUGCUACGAGGAAAUUUCCAACAUCUCCCGAUGCUCCUCUUAAAAAAAAACCACUUAAGAACACAUAAUGGCGGCGAUCCAUUCUCGCCUCUCGUUCAACGGGAGAUCGGCGAAUGGGACUUGCUUUUUUUUUCAAUUCCCGGAUAAGACUCUAUGGUGUCGUUAAUUUAUUAUAAUUGUUUUAUAUGUUUCAUUAUGAAUAAUAUAAUAAUCGAAUGCGUUAAUUGAUACUCGCGAAGCUCAUCGAGAGUGCGUGAGAUAACGAGCGAUUGACGUGUGAAUGUAAUAAUAGAGACAGUAUAAGAUUUUGGUAUGGAUAGUUAUCUUCAUAUUUAAAAAACAGGCCAGAAUACCAUUUACUGCUCUCUGACUCUCGAGCAUUGUAUCGUACUGUGUACAAUACAAUUGUCCUAGAAUGAUUGUGUGAAUGAGAGGUAUGUAUCAGUAUCACGAGAAUAAACAUUUUUCAAUAAUUUUCUUACUGUAUAUAUAUAUUUAUAUAUAUAUAUAUAUAUAUAUGUAUGUAUAUAUAUGUAUAUAUCAUAAUCCUCUUCCUUAUUGAUAAUCAUAUGUAAUAAAGUAGGAUUGUGGAAUUGCCACGUUGGAUAUUAAAAUGAAAAAUAAACAUUGGAUUUAGAUAGA